AUGCCUCCUAAAGAGGAUGGCACCCCACCCAAGUCCUUCACAUUCAUUACUGGAAACCCGAGAAGCAAGAAGAACAUCACCCAGAUCCGUCGGCAUGCCGGACAGAACUCUGGUCAUAAGGCUACGUCACAGUGGCCUACCUCCACUGCGGUAACCUCUGCUAGUGAUGAUUCCCCGCCGACCUCAUACACCUGGAGCCCAAGGCAGUACGUGCCGUCGAGUUUGCCUUCGGCCGGGGAAGCCCACCGAUUGUCUACGUCGCCUCCUCCAACGAAUGAACAGCGUCAUAGCUGGCCGCCGCAAGGACCCGUUUCCAGCCGCCCAACGUCUAGAGAUGAGGUACAUGGGUCGGCUGUUGGGCUUCAAAGGACCGAUCUCUCAAGUCCAGUGCCUUCUUACCAGCGACAUGUGGAACCUUGCUCGCCUAACAGCACAAAUAUACCACCAACGGGGAACAGGCCUAAUGCUUUGGACGUUCCAUCCAGAUCAAGCCAUGACCGUGAAGGCUACUAUCUGUCUCGGCAUAUGAUGUACAAGAGUUCGAAAAUACCAAGCUCAUCAAUAAUAGAACCAUCGUCGCCACCCUUCACGAAUGUUUCUACCAGCGCACACCGACGGAAUCUCACAAUUCAAGAGUUGGUUAAUACAUCAGAACCGCAGGGAUCACGGUUUAGCGGAGAGCAAGAUUUAGAGACAAAGCCUCCAAGUGUCCAAUCUCCUCAAUACGACGGAUCGUCGUUACCAAGUCCUAGUGGUAUGCAGAGACCGUACGAUUUCCGAUUAUCUUAUCCCGUUCAGAAAGUAACCCGAGUUAGGACACAUUUAGUUCAACGGAAACACGGCAAUCACGCAAUGGGAAAGGCAAAGCAUCUGAAACGAAGGCCGCUUUUUAUCCACUCAGACCCAAGCUCUGGCUCCAACAAGGACAGCCCAGCACCAUCUCGCUCACCGAGAAACCGACAUACAUGGCGCAUAGAGAAAUCGUCAUCUGCUAAUACAACUUCUCCAAUCGCCCCUACCCUGGCAUUAUCUAAAGAUGACUUCUCAAUAGCACAGACACUGUCACUAGCAGCCUCGUUCUUCACCAGUCAGAUGUCGACUUCAUUCCUAGAAAUUCCGAGUCCCGUAGACCAGGUCAGACACCGGACCAACAUUUUCCUCGCCGAGGGUAGUCCCAUUCACUCAGUGGAGACUUUCUCUGGUGCCAUUACUACUGCUGCCGGUCUACUGGCCGUUGAUCGCAUCGACAGCGCGUCGUCUUUGCUGAAUCAAGCAUUACCCAACCUGCACGACCUCCUUACCUCGCAGCAUCCACAGCUUUAUCCCGUCCUCGCCGAGCUCUCACUUGAUUGCCAUGAGGACAACUCUCUUGCUCGACUUCGUGGGCAAAUCAAGCAAUUUGCUGCCAGCUUAUCACAUUCGGUGCUCGGGGGCUUGCAUCCCAUAACGCGGCUCCUUCGACUUGAACUGUCUUCACCUGAACAGACUGCGAGACUAAGAGAACUCGUCCAGCGCAAGAUUCAUGACCUUCAUGUGGACUCGUUCAGCCUGACAGACCCUCUAACGAUAACCCAGAGGUAUUAUCUGGCUCGUGUCUUGGCACAACUUGGGCAUUUAGACGAUGCAGUCGGAGUCCUGGACGAUGUGAGCAAAGCCUGGGAGCAAAUCUAUGGGCCAGGGAGCCUCAUGUGUAUACUGGGUAUGAUAGAAAGGGCGAAGGUGAGAAUGAGGAGGGAGAGCGUGAAUUUCACAGAAGUGGAACACAUUUUACAGGAUGCGCUGGCGAGGACGAUGGAUCUCCUGGGUGAGCACCAUGAAGAGAUGCCCCGGCUUCCUGCUUCGACAACGACACCUCAUACUCAAGCUGCAUUUGGAUCUACAUACCCUCAGAAUCUUCCGGCGAGCAUCGUGCACGCCCGAAUGGCAUGUCUCCGCACGCUCGGCCGGCUCUAUGCAAUGCAAGACUUGCCCCAUCGUGCGCUGCAGUAUUACAGCCAGAGCGCCAUGAUUGGAAUCGACGAGCUUGGCCUAAUUGUUCCGGCUGUCCAACUUAUCCUUGCCGAUCUCGAUGUCGUGGGUAAACUGGCUGUGCUGGAUCAUUCACAGCCUUGA